AUGUUCAAAGUUAUUUACAGUUUGUCCAUUAAUAAAAUAAAAAUGGUGGAUACACGCACAUUAACUGAGUCAGCCGAGAAAGAAAGGCAAGAAAUGGAACAGCUAACCAAACUUAUGACUAUGAAAUCAGCUCAAAUAAUUGUACAGUCAAGAAUGGGUGAAAGAUUGCAUACUUAUUGUACUAAUCAGAAUAGUUCGAUGAAUGUUGCAAUAAAAGAAAUCCCAGACGUAGUAACCGAAACCAAACUAGCGUUAAGCAAUGGACUUGGAGAUUCAGUGCCUUUAUGUGUAGAAAUAUUUUUGAAAACUGUUGAUGGAGAUAUGAUGACAUUAGAAACAUGGAGCAUUGGUUUAUUAGCAGAAAGUGCCUUUGAUCCUUUUUGUUCUAGACACUUAGUUUAUACACUAUAUAACAGAUUAGGGAUUUUAUUAAAAUCAUUAGUGUCAGUUUCUCGAGUAAUACCAGCUUAUCGGUACUCUAGACAACAAUCACAUGAUUCUUUUCAAAUUCAUCAUAGAAUUUAUGCUGGAGAACCUCAAGUCCAUACUCUUGGAAAAGAAUAUAAAGAAUUACAAAUUGGCCAAGUGUCAAUGCCUAUCGGGACCAUUCAAGUGACGGUUUGUUAUCGUACCUCUAUGACACUAACGUCUCAACAAGAUCCAAUCAUGUUGAAAAGUGAUCAUUUUCGAAAAGAGUAUAGCCCUCGGCACAAUCAGAUAAUCAAAACUCCAAUUGAUCCGUCCAGGACAGCAUACAUCAUGGAUGAUUGGACAGUGGGUGCUUUUUCAGACAGUCUCGAAGAAAAAGUGAAGAAACUUAACCUAUAUCGUAUUCCUGAGUUUCCCAAAGAUACAUUCAUAAAGCCCAGAAAACGAGCUGAAUAUUGGCCACCACACAUGGUACCUAGUAAUCAAUUACAAAAACUUCAAGAGUCCACAAAUGAAAAUAACAAUUCAGUGACAUCUUCUAUCCAAAAUAAUAAGACUUCUGCAGUAAGCAACGCUGUGGCGAUAAGCACUGGAGUUGCCAAUAAUGUCAAUACUACUGAAACCAAGAACAAAUUCAAUCAUUCGAUGAAUACAUCCAGCAAUGAGGCCAUCCAUGAUUUUAUUUUGGGCCAGUCUGUAAAACCUCAAUCACCUGAAGAUUUUUGUCGGAGACGUAGUUGUGACACCAAUCCGUUACAAUUUAAGCCUGCUGCAUUUUCCGAUUCAAAUCCAAACAUUGAAUUGGCGCUCUUCUAUCAAAAGUUUCUUGGUGCUCCAUCAUUAAAAGUUCGUUCUGACCAUUUGAAUGUCUGCAACCACCUGUCUGAAAUUGUUGAACAAAUUAAAUGUUUUGAUGAACGUAUGGUAGAAUUUGACAGGGUAGUAUUAGACUUAUGCCACAAAGAUGAUGACAGUGAAUAA